GAUAAUUUCAUGGAGCGUAUGUCAAUUGGAGAAGAGCUGGUAUGGAAGUACUGCUAAACAGACUCUAGAUGGCGAGAUUUACAUUGAGGUCGCAAAUAAUUCAGACGGAUGUAAUGUCUUGCGGAAUAAGGCUACUGCUGCCUGAUGAUCUGAGCAGUACUAAAUGAGCGUGCACUUCAGUUGAUGUCAUGAUCUGCAUAUCCAACACGCACAUAUCGCCCUGCCAAUUUCCCGUGCUCUAGAUCAUCUUUAAUGCUGAUAUGAUAUUAAUUGACUGGGUCGAUGGAGCAUAGAAGAGCUGGAAUAUUAUUCGAAGACGACCGCCUUACGGCAGCGAAUGCCCUUCUGUUUUCUUGUCUAGAUUUCACCGUCCACGCAGUGGGGGUACCUCUACUCUGCCAGCAUUUCAAUAGUACCGACACUUCAUGCUAUUCUGCUGACUCCAAUUAUCCUACUCUUUUGGAUGUGGUUUUGGACCCUGGCAACAGGACUAUUCAGUCAAACACCGAAUCCGGCGAUAGUGACGGGACUAUCAUCGCAGAUACCUUUUGUAUUCCGGACUUUAAUAUUUUGGAGGGGCUUACGAGCCAUGAUUGGGGAACUUCUUUUUGGGAUUAUACGAGCGACGAUUACAACAACACGCUUAUUUACUACUUCAUUGAAUGGAACGACAACUCCACCGCAGGAGUGUAUCUUGCCGGAGUGCCAGAUGAUAUAGCGGCGAAUGACAACAGUUUUCGAGAUACGCUGAUAGAGUAUGUCAGAUACUUUGAUACUGCCGACGAUGUUGUCGAUUAUCGCAUCAGAUACUCUUUUAAAGUCCACCUGAGUGAUGGAUAUGAUUCUACUUCUGAUGUGACGGCUUUUAUGGUGACGAUAAAGCAGACGGAUUCCGACUCUGUAUUAUACCAGGACGUCUGGACUCAAGAAGAUAUCUACAAUUAUGGAUGGAAUGGCACGACUGUGACUAUCUGCGACGACUUUUCUAGCUCAGCUAAUAGCACCACUAUAUUAUUUCAGGUAGGCACUGUAUACUGCCUAUUGCCAUUGUGUGAUAAACAACGAUUUAACGAUUACCACUACAGGCUCCAACGGCGUUCCAAGACACAUUCAUCUACUCAGUGUCUAUAUAUACCGACGCGGGUGAUGAUUCGUGCGGAUAUACAGACCCUGAUUAUUCUGUGAGUAUGAUCACGGAC